UUCGGUCUAUCGCCUGAAAAAUAAUUUACUGUAAAAAUAAUUGAAGGAAUUAACGUUAAAGAAAGCAGAGAGAAAAAAUGCAUUUUUUGUUGUUGUUUGUGACGUUGGGCGGGGUCUUGGGAGGUCUAACAGACCCUAGAACUCAAUACUCUGCAUUCAGAGACAUGAGGCUGCAGACCAGCUACGUCGUGGACUACAAGCAGACCCCUACUUUGUGUCAAUGCGUCACAUCUUGCCGCACCUCAGCCACAUGCUACGGUGUGGCAUACGGCCCCAUGUACGCCACAUCGGCCACCCUCGCCACCGGCACAUCCGGCGUCUGCCACAUAGCCACGCAGCCACAGGUGCCGUCCGGCCUCGUCAACUACACCGGCUACACCGCCCUCAUCCGCGGCAGGGUCGACUCAGGUUGCGACGAGAUCCUUGGUUACGAGAAGUUUGGUGCAGCGGGCUGCAUUUGGUUGUCAGACGUCACCCUUGACCGGGACUCCGGGCAAGCCGCGUGCCAAGCAAGGGGCGGCAACUUGGCAGUUCUUGACACGACUGACAAGUACGACGCUGUUGCCAAUCGGCUGCUGGCUAUACAACCGAAGCCCGGCCACCACUGGGUGGACGCCUAUUAUACCUUUAAUUCCCGCUGGUUGGCGCUGGCUACAAAUGACAUAUGUGACAGGACCCUGGGCCCCGGGACAGCCAGCUUUCAUGGCGGGCGCUCAUGCCAUCAUGAACAGCGACAUGAACUUUAUGCUAGCCAACCAGUGGGGCUCAGCCAAGUACAACUUCGUGUGCCAGAUGCCCGCCAAGUGGUAACUCAAAUUCUGGUUUUACUUCAUCUGUUAAUUGGCGUUUUAACGGAGCUUUGAUAACGCAUCCAAUGGUCUUUUUCUUCCUUUAUUGGUGUUUUAAAGGAGCUUUGAAAACGCAUCCAAUGGUCUACUUCUCUUCUUCUUUUAAUUGGUGUUUUAAAGGAGCUUUGAAAACGCAUCCAAUGGUCUUAUUCUUCUUUUAAUUGGUGUUUUAAAGGAGCUUUGAAAACGCAU